AUGAUUAAAUUUGGUUUAUUUCAUUUGAGAAAUCCCUUUAUUCAUCGAAUAAAUUUCUCAAGCUCAACAGCAAAAGCAAAAUAACGAGUGCUAACAAAAUAAUAAGAGCAGUUUGUUAAUGAGCUUAAAAAUACUUAUAAGUCUUUGGCAGAUAAUUUAUAAAGCGAGGAAUCCGUGCUUAAUUUAUUUAAGAAGGAUUCAGAAGAAGAAAAGUAAGAGUAAAAAGGGUCUGCUAGUGAGAAAGCCAUAAUUGCUUAAUAUAUGAACAUUCUUAACUAUAGUUUUGGUUAAUAUUAUUAAAGUUUGAGUCCAGAAGAGUAAUUGAAAAGAAGUAAAGAUCUUAUAAAGUCUGAUGUAUUAAAAAAAGACUGGGAUACAUUUCUGAAGGAAAAUAGAGACUAUUAAGAUUAUUCACUUUUUGAUAAAAAUCUUCUAGCAAUUAAAUAUAGUCAUAAAGACUAUGAUCCUAGAGAUGCUAAAUAUAAAAACUAAUUAAACUUUUAUGGUGACUUAGAUGAAAAUGUAUAUGAAAGACAACAAAAGGAAAACAUAUAUAGUUUCAUUUAUUAAAAUCCUGAAAAUAAGAAAGUUGCUAGGAAGAUGCCAGAAAGAAGAAAAAUAAGACUUGCAUUUAGAUUUCGAAAGGCAAGAAGAGCAAUGAGAGCAAGAGAGUUAAUUUCUAGGAAAAUAAAGGAUAAUUAAAGAUGGUUAUUAAAUAAGGAGAAAAUUUCUAAAAGAAGACGUAGAAAAAUUGUUACUGCUCCUAAAUUAUCAUUCAGAGCUAAAUUUUAAUUGUUUGGAUUAUUUAAUGAGGGUUGGACAGUUAGAGAUUUGUCAAUUAAAUAUGGAAUAAUGCCAUAUAGAGUAAAGGCUAUCAUAUAUUAAAAACGAUACUUUUUUGAUGAAGUAUUCCCUCAUCUCCCUUUUGAGUAUGUAAGAGACUUGAUUGCAAUUGAAUUAUAUUUUGAGAAAUAAUUUGGAGCCGUUGAUUAUGGUGUUGAUUUACAGCAAAUGAGAAAAGCAGAGUCAGGAUACUUGUAGACAAAUUUCAAGACUCCUGAUAGGAAUGUGGAUAUUGCCAAAUUGUCAGAGACAGAAUAAGAAAGAAUAAAGAAAUUGUUUGAGGAAAAGAAAUCAAAGAAAUAUGAUAUUGUAACAGAGAAAUUCUAAGGUUAAGGAAAUAAAGGGUAUUAUUUGAAAUCGUGGAUCAUGCAUAAAACACGUUCCAGACAUAGUGUCAAUAGAAUAUUUGAAAGAAUUAUUAAGGAUAGUGACAAACCUUUCAAGUUACCAGUGACUGCAUAGGCUAGAUUAAAAUUAGGUCCUCGUAUUGCAAGCGCUCAAUUUGGUCAUAAAUGA